AUGGGCCAGAAAUCCAAAGAUACACUGGCCGUCCGGCCUCAGAGCCGCGGCGGGCGCUCUCCUAGUCGCUCGCCGAAGCCCAAGAACCGCAAGCCCGUUCCAAAGCAGCCUGCCAGCUAUGCGUCGGACGGAGUGAAGGAAUAUGACAUCCUGAACCUCCCCGCUUCGGACUACAAGCUGCUGGUGCUGGUGACAUUGAUUGCCGCGGCCGUGCGUCUGUUUCGGAUUUAUAACCCCACUAGCGUUGUCUUCGAUGAAGUCCAUUUCGGUGGCUUCGCCUCCAAAUACAUCAAGGGAAGGUUUUUUAUGGACGUUCACCCUCCCCUCGCCAAACUGCUCAUCACGCUGGCUGGCUGGCUGGCCGGCUUCGAUGGAGAGUUUGAUUUCAAGGAUAUUGGCAAGGACUACCUGGAACCCGGCGUGCCUUAUGUAGCUAUGCGUAUGCUGCCGGCCAUCCUGGGUGUUCUCACUGUGUCUUUAAUGUUCCUCACGCUCAAGGCCACUGGAUGUCGAACUUCGACUGCGGUCUUUGGUGCUGGUGUGGUCAUCUUUGACAAUGCAUUGACCACUCAAUCGCGCUUGAUUCUUCUGGACUCUCCUCUGGUGUUCUUUACUGCUUUGACGGCAUUGACCUUCAACUGCUUCACCAAUCAGCAAGAGUUGGGUCCUUCCCAUGCCUUCAAGGGCCCCUGGUGGUUUUGGCUGGUGGCCACAGGCUUCUCCCUCGGCGCUACGCUCAGUGUCAAGUGGGUUGGUCUUUUCACUAUGGCCUGGGUCGGAUCUCUCACUGCCCUCCAACUGUGGGUCUUGCUUGGUGAUACUCGGACCGUGACUCCACGCGUCUGGUUCAAGCACCUCUUUUCCCGUAUCUUCUGUCUAAUUGUGAUUCCGCUCGGCUUCUACCUUGCGAUGUUCGCUAUCCACUUCACCUGCCUGGUUAAUCCCGGAGACGGAGAUGGUUUCAUGUCCUCGGAAUUCCAGGCCACCUUGAACUCGAAGAGCAUGCAGGACGUCCCAGCGGAUGUGUCUUUCGGAUCCCGCAUCACCCUCCGCCACCACAACACCCAGGGAGGCUACCUGCACUCGCACAACCACAUGUACCCCACCGGCAGCAAGCAGCAGCAAGUCACUCUCUACCCUCAUAAGGACGAGAACAAUAUCUUCAUCAUGGAGAACCAGACACAGCCCCUUGGUCCUUAUGGAGAAAUUGAGGGUGCCCAUGCUUGGGACAAUCAGACUGUCAGCUUUAUUGAGGAUGGAUCGGUCAUCAGGCUCUACCACGCAAUCACCCACCGCCGCAUUCAUUCGCACGACGAACGCCCGCCGGUUACCGAAGCUGAUUGGCAGUUUGAGGUUUCCGCCUAUGGCUACGAGGGCUUCCCCGGUGAUGCCAACGAUUUGUUCAAGGUCGAGAUUAUCAAGGAUCUGUCCGAAAGCGAAGAAGCUAAGACGCGCCUCCGCACCAUUCAGACCAAGUUCAAGCUUGUGCAUAUCAUGACUGGUUGUGUUCUGUUCUCUCACAAGGUCAAGCUUCCGGAGUGGGGAUGGGAGCAACAAGAGGUCACCUGUGCGCGAGGUGGAACUCUUCCGAACAGCGUUUGGUAUGUCGAGUCCAAUGCACACCCGAUGAUGCCCGACGAUGCCGAAAAGGUCAACUACCGCAACCCUGGUCUGCUGGGCAAGUUCUGGGAGCUGCAGAAGGUUAUGUGGACCACCAAUGCGAACUUGGUUGAGUCGCACAACUGGGAUUCUCGCCCUCCCUCCUGGCCUACUCUUCUCCGCGGUAUCAACUUCUGGGGUAAGGACCACCGCCACAUCUACCUUCUAGGUAACCCGGUCAUCUGGUGGUCGACCACCCUGGCUGUUGUCAUUUACCUGGCUGUCAAGGGUAUCUCGGUUCUUCGCUGGCAGAGAAGCUGCGGCGACUAUAAGCACGCCACUUUCAAGCGUUUCGACUAUGAGGUCGGUACCAGCGUGCUGGGAUGGUUCUUCCAUUACUUCCCCUUCUACCUUAUGGCUCGUCAACUCUUCCUGCACCACUACCUGCCGGCCCUCUAUUUUGCCAUCAUGGUACUUUGCCAAGAGUUCGACUUCCUCUUCAACCGAUUCAAGAGUCUAGGACUCGCCUCUAAGCCCGUAAUUGGCAACAUUGUCAUGUCUGCCUUCGUUGGCCUGAGCAUUGCCGCCUUCGCCAUCUACUCUCCCCUGAUCUACGGAAACCCGUGGACCCAGUCAGCCUGCGAGAGCGCCAAACUCCUGAGCACUUGGGACUUCAAUUGUCCCGUAUUCUACACCGACUUGAGUGCCUACGUGACCGAAUUCGAACAAUCCAAGAUCAACGCCCUUCCGACCAGAGCUGUCCCGCCUCCCGCCGCGCCUCCCGUUCAAGCUCAGCAGGAGAAGGCCGCUGAGGUUGCUCAGGAGCAAGAGCAAGCUGCCGUCACUCAGCCCAAACUCUCCGGCUCCGUUGCCCGUGUUGAGUACCGCGAUCAGCACGGCAACAUCCUUGACGAGGCACUCGUCGCUUCGCUCCGUGACGAGGGUAAGGUCAAGUUCGAGACCCGUUACGAGUCCAAGUCUCGUCUCGAGAACGCUCAGGAGAUCCCCAUCGUGGACGGCCAGCUUGCGCCCCCCGCACCCUGA